AUGUUUAAAUCAACGAAAAAAACCAAAGAUCCUACAAAAAAGAGGACCGCCAAUGAAACUAAGGUAAGCGAAAAAACUAUUAUUAAAGGUGAAAGUUCGGUUGGAGUUCCGAAACAAAUGUUCAGCAGUAAAUUAGCAAAUGAACAGCCUUCAAAUUUAAGCGGCAAAGGGCGCAGUUCAACUCCACAGACUUCAAAAAAGACAUUAAUCAAAGGCGUUACAAAACAAGCGGCGGAAAGUUUGUCUUCGACUUCUCUUUCGAAAUCAUUAAGUUCGUCUUCCGUAAAAAAAACUACUACCGGAAAAAGUGUAAGAACAAUUACUACCGUCGAUCAAGACGGGAAUGUUCAUACUACUGUAGAGACAGUAGACGAUCUACCGCAAUCGAUGAUUGAAACUUUCGUCGAAGAAUCGAACAUCGCGGAUUCUUCGAACGAUUACAUCGAAUAUACAGAUGAAUUGUCUUUUGACGUAACCGCAGAAUCACUAGAACGAUUAAAUGCUUCAUCAAAUAUUUUGACUUCGGGUAAAAAAGUGCAAAUAUCUGAAAAUGAUCAAUCGUUGGUAAAUCAAUCUACAUCAUCUGAAUCCAAAUAUAGUGCCGUUGUAUCGCAAAGUAAUUCUGAAUCAAGAGAACAAGUAUUAGAUAUAACAGAUGUAACCGAAAGUGAAAAUAUGAAUAAGUUAGUGAGAGAAAAAAAUGAUAACCAAGAUAUAAAUUCGGGUUUAUCAGUGAAAAUGAUUGGAGGAAAAUUAAUAAAACAAUUUAGUGCACCGACACAAACUAAAUCUACUUUUAAUAAUAUUGCCAAUGAUAAAAAAAAUGUUGAAACAACUCAUAUAAAGAAUAUAACUGAUGAGUACGAAUAUAAUGAUAAAAUAAAAACGACAUUUGAAUCUAAUAUGAUUGAUCAAAAUAAAUCUAAUGACAAUACAAAUGAUUCAACGACUGAGAUGUUCAUUUCACAAAAAUAUAUACCAAUAUUUUCAAGAUCCAAUCAAGAAAUUGAUGAAAUAACGUCAUCAAAUAAUGAAAACUCAACAAAAACUGUUGAAAAAAUAAACAAAAUCGAAAAGAUAAAAGACCAGCAAAAUAUUAAACAUGACAAGGAUAACCUGGGCAGAAAAAAUGAAGACGUUGAAAAUGAAGGAUUAACAGUACGUAUGGUCGGUGGAAAAUUAAUAAAAUCGUUCAAGGAGCCGACUACAGCGAAGAAAAAUGUGUUAGACGUCUCUCAAACGAGUAAUAUUUCAAGUAGUGAUAUUUCUUCGAAUGAUAUCACAACCUCGACGUCAUAUUCUACAAAUGAACAAACUUCUUAUUCUAGUUCAAUAGAUGGGGUAGAUCAGACAACCAAAAGGUCAUCCAAGACUUUUGAUUCGAUUAAUAAAACCGCUGAUCGAUCAGAUGGACCAACAAAUAAGAAUAAGCCAACGGGAGACAAACAAAAAACCAAAUCCCGAACCGAUGAAAAUAUCGAUGAAGAAGGUCUAUCUGUCCGUAUGGUCGGUGGAAAAUUAAUAAAAUCGUUCAAGGAGCCGACUACAUCGAAGAAAAAUGUGUUAGACGUCUCUCAAACGAGUAAUAUUUCAAGUAGUGAUAUUUCUUCGAAUGAUAUCACAACCUCGACGUCAUAUUCUACAAAUGAACAAACUUCUUAUUCUAGUUCAAUAGAUGGGGUAGAUCAGACAACCAAAAGGUCAUCCAAGACUUUUGAUUCGAUUAACAAAACCGCUGAUCGAUCAGAUGGACCAACAAAUAAGAAUAAGCCAACGGGAGACAAAGAAAAAACCAAACCCCAAACCGAUGAAAAUAUCGAUGAAGAAGGUCUAUCUGUCCGUAUGGUCGGUGGAAAAUUAAUAAAAUCGUUCAAGGAGCCGACUACAUCGAAGAAAAAUGUGUUAGACGUCUCUCAAACGAGUAAUAUUUCAAGUNACUUCAUAUUCUAG